GCCCUCGAAACGUUCUUCGGCGUGGGCUCUCACACACGCGAACGAAUCAUGUCACGCUUCCAUCUACACGAGACAAUCAAGGUCGGCGAGCUGUCGCAAACCCAAACCCUAGAUCUGACGGCGCACCUCGACUCAAUGAAACUCGAAAAUCACCUGAGACGGCAGAUUCAGCAGGAUAUCCAACGGCUGAGGGACACGGGUACCUACAGAGGUCGACGACAUGCCAUGAACUUACCGGUCCGAGGACAAAACACGAGAAGCCAGAUAAAGAAUGCACGGAAGCUCAACAAGGUCGAAAGGUUUUAG